GCGGGAGCUCACAAUGCACCUUUGUUGCUCAAAACAGCUUAAGACAUCAAGUGACCGGAGGUGUAGAAGCUCCACGCUCUCCUUUUUCUGGUCCCGCUUCUCUUUCUCCAACAUUCUCGCUCGACGGAGCCCUACCGUAUGCCUCCUCCUCACUUGCAGUCACGGUCAAACUUUUACAUUUCCAGUGGUUGACAGCAGACCAAGUCGGCCGAUUGCUGAUUCCGCGAUCUGACGAGGCAACAGAGGCGUCCUUCAUGUCAGGCCAAUGCGAAAGGAGGAAGUCGGCUUUUAAGAAGAAGCGGCAGCGGCAAUGACAGUGACCUACUCCCGGAGGGUGGCAGAUGCAGGCCUCGGCACUUUCUUCCACCUGCUCCUGCGCUGGAGGGGCAGCAUCUAUAAGCUCCUCUACAGGGAGCUCAUCAUCUUCACCCUACUCUACUACUUCUUCAGCAUUGUUUAUAGGUUUGUGUUAAAUGUUGAGCAGAAGAGACUCUUUGAGAAGCUCUCCAUGUACUGUGACCGCUACGCAGAGCUCAUCCCAGUGUCUUUUGUUCUCGGUUUCUAUGUGACCUUGGUGGUAUCCCGCUGGUGGGGUCAGUUUGAAAAUGUCCCCUGGCCCGACCGCCUGGCAUCACUAGUGGCAGGUCACGUGCGGGGAGCAGACGAGGCCGCCAGAUUGAGCCGUCGCACUCUGAUGCGGUACGCCAACCUCUCCGGUGUGCUCAUCUACCGUUCUGUCAGCACGGCCGUCUACAAGAGGUUCCCCACCAUGGAACACUUGGUGCAGGCAGGGCUGAUGACAUCCGAGGAACUGAGGCAUCUGGAAGACUUGCCGUCCCCUCAUAACAAGUUCUGGGUUCCCUGCAUGUGGUUUGUCAGUCUGGCUUUACGGGCCCGGACCGAGGGUCGCAUCAACAACGACGUGGCUCUCACCGCCAUUCUCACUGAGUUGAACAGUUUACGUGCAAAGUGCAUGAAGUUGUACGGAUAUGACUGGAUCAGCCUGCCUCUCGUAUAUACGCAGGUAGCGACAGUGGCUGUCUACAGCUUCUUCCUGGCUUGUCUCAUUGGCCGACAGUUCCUGGAUCCGGCCCAAGGCUACCCGGGUCAUGACCUGGACUUCUAUCUUCCCGUCUUCACACUGCUGCAAUUUUUCUUCUAUGUUGGGUGGCUCAAGGUGGCUGAGCAACUUAUCAAUCCUUUUGGUGAAGACGACGACGACUUUGAGACCAACUGGCUCGUCGAUCGCAAUUUACAGGUAUCUUUGUUGUCUGUGGAUGAGAUGUACGACAGCCUCCCUCUGGUUGAGAAGGACAUGUACUGGAAUGAGUCCGAGCCUCGCCCUCCCUACACAACUGCCAGCGCCGAUCACUGCAAACCGUCAUUCAUGGGUUCUGCUCUCGAUAUCAGUGUUCCUAAAGAGGAGAUGGAGUUUCAGUCCAACUUGGAGCAGAUUAAAGAAAAUGAGGAAGCCAACUACUCCACCCCACUGUUGGGAGGUCUGGGUCGCUUCCUGGGUGUCCAGUCUCCCAGCUUCCCUCGCUCUUCCCGUGUCUCUCUGCUGCGCCGUUGUCCCGGAGCCCCUCUGAGUCGCUUCCCCCUUUACUUACAUCCAGAAGUUCCAUCGGUCACAAACCAAGCUCGCCAGCCCUCAAACGCAGAGCGAGAUCAGGAUUACGCAUUCUCUGGCCUGCCCUUGUACGACAGAGCAGGCUUCUACAGUUGCCCCCAGACGCCCAUCCACUGCGUUCCCCCGGCGUUGGCCCGACCUCGGCCUGCGCGGCGGCCUCAGAACGAAUGGGAUCGCAGCUGCAGCUCUCUUGCUCCUCCGACAGUUGGCUCACAGCUUCUGCCCCCCGACACUCCCAAUCACAUCCCGCCACCAUCAUCGGCUUUCCCCUGGCUGAGCGAGGACGGCGACGCGCCCGCCGCUCAGGCCUUCUCCUUCCCCGACCCUCCGCCCGAGCUUUGUCCCAUAUCGAAACUCAGGCGUGGGCACGGCCUGCUGUCUCGCCGGCCUCCACCUCCGUGCCUGACGCUGGACACCUUGCCAUCCGCCGACAGUCAGGCAGGACCCCUAAGCGCUAGAACGACAGGAAGUGGGGGGGAAAGGGUAUUCUCGUUCACGCCUCCCUCUCGUCAUGGACCAGCAAAUCCAAAUAAUCCCAACAGUAGCUCGAGCAGCAUUAAUGUGACAGGCAGCAAUGGCGCUGGCACAACAGGAAAUCUUCUCAACACCAGCAAUCUUAACAGCUAUAGUAACUUCCCUGCCAAUGUUAAGGCGAGCAACGGUGGGCUCAAUACACUGACCGCUCCCAGCUCGACACCUUCGCAGCAAGAAGCCCAUCAACAAAAUUCCCCCAAUGAUUCUGGAAUCUCAUUAGCUGAAGGGGACCUGCUGGGCGUGCUCGUAGAUGGCAGCGGGAACAAAGCAGCUACAAGCAGGAAGCAGGACUAAGAAAAUGACGUUUGUAUGUCACAUGCCAAUCUACAUAUAGAACUCUUUUUUUUGUGUGUGUGUGUGUGUGUGUGUGUACGAGUGUUAAAC